CCGCGCCGAGGGCGGAAAAGGGGGGCGACAGGAAGCGAGGGGGCUGCCUCCCUGGUGCCUUGCCCCUCCGGGGCGCUGGCCGGAGCUCUCCGAAGACCCCGGCGUCCUCCCGGGAGGGAGAGGGAGAGGGAGGAGGAGGAUGGGGGGCGCCCACGCGGGUCGGGACCGGGCGGGAAGCUGCUGGUCGACGUCUGCCAGCUGCUUUGGAUCGGGAGCGCGGCGGCGGCGGCCGUGCCUUCUCCCUCACCGCACUGGCAGCCUCGGGGAGAGGCAGGUUGAAGGCUCUGGGCUUUACGCUGUCCACUUUACUGGAUUUUUUUUUUUUUCCUUUUCUUUUCUGCCGCACGUUAGGCUGGUUUCUUCAGUGCAGGCUGUGCUGGCCACCGGGUCGGGGAUCGUCAUCAUACGCUCCUGUAGCGACGUGAUCACGGACAGGCACUGGCUUGCCCGACAGUAUGUCUGGUUCUUGAUUCCAUACAUGAUCUAUGACUCCUAUGCCAUGUACCUCUGUGAGUGGUACCGAACCAGAGACCAGAACCACAGACACUCCCUCACUACUUUUCGAAACUUCCUAAGUAAAAACCGCCUCAUGAUCGCACACCACGCGGUCAUCCUGUUUGUCCUUGUGCCAGUUGCCCAGAGGCUCCGGGGGGACCUUGGGGACUUCUUCGUUGGCUGCAUCUUCAUGGCAGAACUGAGCACUCCGUUCGUGUCGCUGGGCCGAGUUCUGAUUCAGCUGAAGCAGCAGCACACCCUUCUGUACAAAGUGAACGGAAUCCUCACGCUGACCACCUUUCUUUCCUGUCGGAUCCUUCUUUUCCCUUUCAUGUACUGGUCCUACGGCCAACAGCAGGGACUGAGCCUACUCCAAGUGCCAUUCAGUAUCCCUUUCUACUGCAAUGUGGCCAAUGCCUUCCUCAUCGCUCCGCAGAUCUACUGGUUCUCUCUGCUGUGCAAGAAGGCAUCCCGGCUGUUUGACAGCCCCCUGGCCAAAAAGGAUGGCUAAGUGCUCCCGGGAGCCGGGCAGUGAGGGUGCCUCCUCACAUGAGCUGCCUCUUCCACUCAGUGCUCCCACGGACCAAAUCGUGCCCUGGGUGGCCUCAGCCUUUUGGGUCUUGAUAAGCAGAUGGGUUUGAGUUUUUCUAAAGAAUAUUCACAUGGCCUCCCUCUUCUAACCUGCCCCUUUUGCAAAAGCACUUUUUUCUAAGUAACAGCGAUUGGAUCCUGUCAGACCUCCACUGGCAGCAAGGUGGUUUUAACGCAAGCCCGAGGAUCCUUCCUUGGGUCUUACCUCGAGGGUUCUGGGAGGUAGAAGCAUGGGGCUGUGGAGACAGGUGGACUAGGGUGACAAGUUCUGGGCACCCCCCUGGCCCUGCCCACAGUUUGGCGGCUACCCACCUUUCCGACCACUCAGGGCAGUAUCUAUGCUUACUGGGCCAGCAGCAGCAAGUGAUGAACUUGGUUCUUGACAUAAGUUCUUGUGCUGUUGGCCUGGGAAAAGCAUUGUGGGUAGGUAGUUUUUUUUUUUUUACUAGAUAACCCAUUGGUCCUAUGCCUCGGCCUGUCAUCCACGUGCCAACACUGAAUUCCCAUGUCCACUGACUUCCAUUCAGAAGUCUUCCUGGCAGGGGGGUAAGAGGCAGGGAAGGGAACCCGAGGCACUGGAGCCGGGGGGUAGGGGGGGGGGGUGGGGAGUGGAGACCAAGAGGUCAGCGCCAUUGCAGGCCGACUUGGGAAGACCAAUGUCAAACCGUGACCUUGUUGUAAAGUCACAAACACUAUUUCUUUCUUAGCAUGUCCCCUCAAACCCAGCUUUCACCAUGUCCACACGCACAGGAUGCUGUUAAAAACCGCAGGGGUAAAGUGACGUGGUGCCUGUCAAGCUCUUUUCUGGAUAACCCCACUCUUUGACAUUGUCCUUUUCAUAGGACAUUGAAACAGGCUUCUGUAUUCCGGACGUAAGCGGUCUCAUCCAGGCCGCCUCCUGAUAAGCCAGAGCUCGUGUUCCAAAGCCUGUUCCCACAGGAGCGUACCGCCACUUUGCCGCAGAAGGCCGGAGGGCGAGAAUGCAAGAUAGCCCCGGCCAAAAUACGUCCUGUGGACUGACUUACCUGCCACUUGCAAAUAGGAUCUUCUGGUGCCAACAUGAACUGUUCCUUACCCACGGGGGUGGGUUUUAGAAACUGCUACCAUGAAGUUUUUUCUUCAAACGGUAGUAAAAAUCUAGAAGUUUUAAAGUGCCGUUUAAUUCAUUGUUGUCCAUGAACUUUUAGUCCUGAAUAUGUAACAGUGUCUCAAAUUGUUUCAGUCUUUAAUGGGUGCCAUUUAAAAAUGUCAAAUGCUGUAAUUUUUUUUUUACCGUUUUUGUUUACUGUCAGUAUAGCUUUAUAAAUCACCCCUGUGGUGAUUAAAUUGCACUAAUAUUUCCCAGCUUCUUCUCAUUUGUGAAAUACAUCAAUACCGACUUCUUUUCAGACCCAUC